AUGAAUUCCCAAGACGAAGAUUUUAUUUUUGCGUGUUUGUUGGGUUCAUACCUAAAAUCACUUCGAAAUGAAGAGAACCAGCAGCAGGUACAGAGAGGGAAUGCAGGAAUGAGACGAAUAAGACGGAUGAGAAGGCGGAGAUCCAUAUGGGUUCGGAAUUGGUUGUCCGAAGACAGAAGGCAACAGAUGGGUCACUACUCAACAUUUAUAACCAGGGAACUCCGAAUGGAAGAUGUUAACUCAUUCACAAACUACCUGAGGAUGCCUCCAGAUCUCUUCAACGAGAUCCUGGAAAGAGUUACACCAUAUAUACAGAGACGAGACACUAGGUUUCGCGCAGCCCUACCACCUGGUCUGAAGCUGUCAGUGUGUCUAAGGCAUUUGGCCACUGGUGACAAUUACUCGUCACUCUCGUACGCAUUCAGGACCAGUAAAGCAGCCAUAUGCCAUAUGGUACCAGAGGUGUGUAAGGCCAUAGUGGCAGCCUACAAGGAUGAAGCAUUCGCCGUGCCUGUGACGCCUGAUGAGUGGAGAGCCCUCGCCCGUGAUUUUGAAGACAAGUGGAAUGUUCCUCAUGCAGUGGCAGCUCUAGACGGAAAACAUAUUGCUAUUAGCAAGCCACCAAACACAGGCUCGUUGUACCACAAUUACAAAGGGUUUUUCAGUAUCCCUCUCCUCGCCUUAGUGGAUGCCCAGUAUCGUUUCAUAUGGAUCGAAGUAGGUGGAGUUGGACACAUGUCCGAUGCUCAAAUCUAUAAUGACUCGGAGCUCAGUGAACUUUUGCAAGACGGCCAAAUAGGUUUGCCUCCACCAUGUCCUCUGCCCAACGAUGACCAGAACCAGGACAUCCCUUACUUCAUCCUAGGUGACGACGCAUUCGCCUUACGAACUUACCUGAUGAAGCCAUAUGGGAGAAGAGCAAUGCCAAAAGAACAACUUAUCUUCAACUAUCGGAUCUCGCGUGGAAGACGAGUGGUUGAGAAUGCGUUCGGUAUCCUAGCAAAGCGCUUCAGAUGCUUCCUUGGAACUUUGGAACAGAAACCAGAUACAGUGCGAGACAUCGUUGAGGCUGCUGUUGUUCUUCACAACCUCUUGAGAAGAAGGGCCCCAGUCUUGUCAGUGAAUGAGGUAGACCAUGAAGAUGAGGAACACAAUCUGAUCCCUGGCAACUGGAGAGAUGAUGUUCAAUGGCAGGAAGUGGACGCACCACCAACAGGAAGGAACCGAGACACUCUGGAUGCGAAACAACAACGGGAAUAUUUGGAAAGAUACUUCAAUUCCCCUGCUGGUGCUGUAGAGUGGCAAGACAGAAUUAUCACCCUCUAGUGAAGGGCAGUUCAUAUAAACAAACACGACUCUUAAUGUGAACAAAACAUUCUUCCGAAGUGCAAAUGGUUGUAUAUAUUAUGCAAUAAAUGGUUAAAAUUGUUGAACUUGUUUUACUAAACAAAAACUAAUGAGUACUUCCCGCAUGUGGAUAUGGGUUUUUGUUAUUUUUCGUAACUGUUC